AUGGCUCAACAAUUAAUUAGAAGAGGAGAAGUUUAUUGGGUUGACUUAUCUCUACCAAGUAAUACAGAAAGAAAAAAAGGUAUCAUUCAUGAAUUGCAAGGACCUCAUCCAGCCGUUAUUAUCUCCAAUAAUCAACAAAAUCUUUACAGUCCUUUAAUAACUAUUAUCCCUUUGACUUCACAAUUAGAUAAGGUUUAUCCCUUUGAAGUGUUAACGGAAGUAAAUAACCAAAAAGGCAAGGCUCUCAUCGACCAAAUUACUACAAUUGAUAAAAAAAGAUUAGGCCAACAUUUAGGACAAUUAGAUAAAUCAGUAAUAAAAAAAAUCCAAGAGGCUUUACAUUUAACUUUGGCUUUGGAGGAAUAUAAAACACCAGAAUAUGAAUACCAAACGCCGGAAUACAAAGCCAGAGAUUUUGAAUAUAAUCCAAGUAGCCCAAAUAAUCAGGAUUUUGAGUUUAAAUGCGUUGGCUGCCAUAAAAAAGGCCAGGACUUUCACCAAAUGAAAGAUGGAAGUUAUUUUUGUAAAUUGUGUUUUGAGGAGGAAUUAUGGAGAAAGGAAAAUCCUUCCGAUAAUGAUAAAAAGGACAAAUAUUCCGCUCCUAAUUCCUAUGGCAACCAGAACCAUAAAUCUCCCGAGCAGCCUGACUCUGACCCAAUUAAACGUUUAGCCAAAGCAAUCGAGCAUUACAAAAGAAAAAAACUUGCUGUUUCCGAGCAAGAAAAAUCCGGAGUUCAAGCCGAAAUUGAUAGAUUAGAAAAAGAGCUAAAGAAUGAAAAAUUGAAAAAGUUUUUCGUUGAGAAAGGAGGAAAAACGCACAGUGUAGAAGUUAACCGCUUGACUGGCAAAACUACUACGGUUUACAAACAUGUAAAACGAGUGCUUUCUGCUCCUCCCGACUUGGUUACUCCUAGUGUGCUUGAUAUUCGAGUUUCUAUUGGGAUAAUUAAUGAUAAAAUUAAACUACUUGGUGGGGCGAAAAAGGAUGUAAUUGACGUAAUCGCUUACCAAAAAUAUUUUGAUUUUCUAGAAAAGUUAGGUUUGCGUGAGGAAUUUAGUAUUAUUACUGCUCAUGAUAGUUUAGUCCUUUAUGGCACCAUUAUUCGUCCGCUCAUAAUAAAUGCUAAUAAUAAUAAAUUGGUUAUCUUUUGCCACGGUUUAACUAAUAAUCGCUGGUCGCUUUUUUACGCUAUGCACUUGGCUCUCCAACGGGGUUAUCAGGUGGUCUCUUAUGAUGCUCGCAAUCAUGGUCUUUCCGGUAAAUCCGCCACUAGUUUGGGGCAAAUUGAAGCCUGUGAUUUACAAGAUGUUAUUGACUACGUGAGAAAAAAAUACCAGCCGACCAAAAUUGGUCUCUAUGGCUUUUCCAUGGGGGCGGCCACCCUAACUUUUUGGCUAGGCUAUUUUGCCGGAGUUGGCAAUUCUGAAGUAGCGUUUGCCAUCUGUGAAGCCCCUUUUGAUAGUUUUCUGACCCAACAAAAAAGGGCUCUGGGAAGUGGAAUAAAUUACUAUUGA